GCGCGGAGCCGAAUGUAUGGUUUUGCCUCCGUUCCUUCUCUACGUGACGAUGUUCUUCCCGCAGAUACCGACGCCUGUCGUUCCUUGUCUUCUCCGCGUGUCUGAGACCGAGAGAAACAUCCGAUGGGCUGAGAAACCCAGUCCCAGUCUCGGUCUCAGAGAGACGUUUCCAUGGUAUUAAUCAAGAGGUGAAGAGACAACGAGAGAGGAUAGCAGAGGCGGGGAAAAUAGGGCUAAGGUACGGUGCUGGGAUUCCUGGGGUGGAACCUGGGUUUCUUUAGGGCUAUAAAUAGAACAUUGUCGAUGCGUUGAGUGGAUUCUGUGAGGACUCUGGCCUACUCUCUGUUUCCCAUUCUCGUGUUUGGUCUCGAAUUUGAGCCAAAGGUGGGACUUUUGGGAGUAGGGUUCUUGGCAUUAGCCUGUGUUUGGUUUCUUGGACGUCGAGUACAAGGGGAAAGAUUUCAUCUUUUCAAUUACGAGGUUGGGUUUGCGAGCGAACGAACGAAGGUUAAGAAGUUACAACUUAAUUCUGAUACCUUUUGAGGAAAGGAGUGAGGGCUGGUAGUAUCUAAACAACAUCUGAGAAUGGUGAGAAGAACAGUGGAUCUCCGAUCGGACACUGUCACGAAGCCCACCGAGGCAAUGCGGGCUGCCAUGGCAAGAGCUGAGGUUGAUGACGACGUCUUGGGGUCAGACCCCACUGCCUACCACCUUGAAUCCGAGAUGGCAAAGAUUACAGGCAAGGAAGCUGCACUCUUUGUGCCUUCAGGCACCAUGGGAAACCUCAUAUCUGUGCUUGUCCAUUGCGAUGUAAGGGGCAGCGAGGUCAUCAUUGGGGACACUUCUCACAUACAUGUUUUAGAAAAUGGAGGCAUCUCGACCAUUGGAGGCGUGCACCCAAAGACCGUGAAGAACAAUCCUGAUGGCACCAUGGACAUUGAUAAGAUCGAAGCAGCUAUUAGAUCUCCUGAUGGAGAGCUCUUUUUCCCAACUACAAGGUUAAUUUGCUUGGAGAACACACAUGCUAAUUCUGGGGGGAGAUGCCUUUCUGCAGAAUAUACAGACAUGGUAGGAAAGAUAGCUAAAAAGCAUGGCCUGAAGCUUCAUAUUGAUGGAGCACGCAUCUUCAAUGCUUCUGUAGCACUGAAGGUUCCUGUUCAUAGGCUUCUACAAGCUGCUGACUCAGCUUUGCUCUGCUUGUCAAAAGGGUUGGGUGCUCCAGUUGGAUCUGUCAUUGUAGGCUCAAAAGCCUUUAUUGCUAAGGCUAAAAGGCUUAGGAAAACCUUAGGUGGUGGCAUGAGACAGGUUGGAGUCCUUUGUGCAGCAGCUUAUGUUGCUCUGCAAGAAAACAUCCGGAAGCUUGAGGAUGAUCAUAGAAAAGCCAAAAUUUUUGCAGAUGGGCUGAAACAAAUCAAAGAAUUGAGUAUUGAUGCAACCUCAGUGGAGACUAAUAUGAUUUUUUUUAGCAUUGUAGAUAGUUCACUCAUGUCACCUAAAAGGCUCUGCCAAGUCUUGGAAGAACGUGGCGUACUUGCAAUGCCGGCAAGCUCAACCAGUGUCAGGCUUGUCCUCCAUUACCAAAUUUCUGAGAAUGAUGUAUACUAUGCAUUAACAUGUAUUAAGCAAGUUGUUCAACAGAUAGUGACUAAUGGUACUGCAGAAUGAGGCGGGAGCCAUCAAUUUAAUAAUUUUCUUCUUUCUGAUUUCACCAGUGCCUUUGAUGAAAGUUGCAAAAAUUUGUAUUGAUCCCUUCCUCAAACAUUUGAUUUGCUUAUUAUUCAACAUACCCAUCUGACCUAGAAUAAUUUAUACAUGGCUUGAUGGUCGUGGUUAUGUUUAAAUCUACAUGUUCAUCUUCUUUAUGGACCUGCUUAUGUUGUUAUAUCCAUAUUAAUGCUAGUUGCUGUUAGUGGA